AUGAUCAUGCCGAGCAGUCGUGCUUUUUUGAGGUGGAAACUCGGCUCAUUGAGAAUGAGUGGGUACCACUGCUACCUGAAUUUGAUGUCGAGGAAGAAACGUAUGCUGAUCACAUUUUUGGACUGGAACAUUUACUUCGGCGAACCUAUCCCUACGGUCGAGGCGCAACAAGAGAGCCCAAUUAUAAACGAAAACGAUGCUGAGAUCAUAGAGAUUUUCGAUACCAGAACGAGCAACAGCCGCGGAAAGAAACGAAGGCAGAUGUCCCUCAGUGAUUGGACACCCACAUCUAGUCACGAAGAAGUACUCCAAACACUCCAGCCUUCGAUCACAUAUCCACAGGCAGACAACCUGUGGCCAGAGUCGAGUAGCGAACAAACGUACAUGCCAACCCCUUCAUUCUUCGGACUGUCCGGCGCUACACCAUCAACACCUAAGACUAGCCUAUCUGCCAUCUCACCUUCACCAAAUCUAGCUGCUAGAGUCAUGGUCGGAACGAUAUACAGCUGCCCGGACACAGACACGUAUACUUUCCAAUGUCGCAGUUCCACUUGCCACGAUCGAACAUUUAGUCGCUGGCCUGAUUUUACACGGCACUACAAUGGAGCUCAUGCGACGACUCCUACGGUCUACUGGUGCGAUGUUGAAGGAUGUCCCCGCGGCAAAGCGGCUCGCAAUCGGCCAUUUCCGAGGAAGGAUAAACUGAACGAUCACGCUAAAAGCAUCCAUGGCGUGAGGAAUUGA